AUGGCCCUGACGAACCUGUCCCUCUACGUCUUCUCGUCCUUGGGCCAGGCCGCUGUGAUCGCCACGUCUUCCCCGUACCUUGCCGUCACUUAUCCAUUCCUCUUGGCGCUUCUGUACUUCAUACAGAAGUUCUACCUCCGCACGUCGCGGCAGAUGCGACUUUUGGGCCUCGAAACAAAGAGCCCACUCUACUCCCAUUUCAUCGACACCAUGAAGGGAAUAGCCACCAUACGCGCAUUUGGGUGGGUUUCGGAGAACGUCCACGUGAACAAGACCUACCUAGAUACAUCGCAGAGGCCCGCCUACCUCCUCGCCAUCAUCCAGCGCUGGCUGGGCUUCGUACUCCGGAUCGUUGUUGCGCUCCUGGCUAUAGCAAUCGUCACGCUGGCCACGCAGCUCGGCUCUAACUUCUGGAUCCGCUUCCCAGCUGUGCUGACAGCAUAA